GGGGUCAACAUCUCCUGCCUGAAUAGAAACACCGCGCCAAAAUAUUUUUUAGCGAGAGAAGAAGACACCUUGCGGAAAAGGUCCAUGUUUACAGUUCAUGUUACAUUAGAAAAACAGCAGAAAGGAUGACCUGUAACGCCAGUGUUACACGUCUUCAUCUGUCCUCGCUAAGACGGGCGGAGAAAGUCCCGGUGCACCUUAUGCCCUGUGAGGUUGAGCACAACGGGCUCGCCCAGGUCUCACAGUAUUUCACUUCUACAACAAAACAACACAAAAAAGAGAAGACGGUGUCCUUUAGAGGACGCGGGUUAAAGGGGCAGGAGAUCACCUGUCCUCAGGGCUACACCGGCCUGGUCCUGAAGGAGGUCGACAGACACGGCUCUGACCAGGAGGACAGGACGGUGAAGGUGACCUCAGUGUUUGAGAAGCUGACCUACUGGAACCUGGAAACUCCUCCAACUUCAGAUGAUACGGUGGUGAUGGCAAUGGACUGGCCUGAGCUGGCUGAGGCGAUCCACGGGACGGUUGACUGAAGACUUUUGAAACUUGCUGUUAACAGAAGGAAGACCAAUCACAUCACAUCAGUGUGAUACAAGCAAAACACACAUAUUGCUGCUUCUAACCCGACAAGACGUUUUUUUUUAAAUACCGACCUGUAUCGUUACUGUUUCAGAGCAAUAAGAAACUGUUUCUGUACACGCUUUUUUGUAAAUAAAGAGAAAUCCAGAA